GAUGAGUCCUACCGGUCAGUGGUGAGGCUGCAUCGGUCUUUCACUCUGCACAACAAAGGGCAAAUCAUCUUCGCAUCAACACGGACUUCAGGGUGAAACUUCUCCACGAGCGUCCUCCGGUUUGCUUGUUGUCCAGAAAAGCUGAAAGCCUCGCGCAGCCCAGCCAGGAGACGCCAAACUGUCGUGGAAAUUACACAACACUCGCGGACUCGUCCUCUGAAGAACAAGGAGAAGAAGCGCUGAACUGAACAGAAGAUGGACUGUGAAGAGAAGACGUACGGUGGCUGUGAAGGGCCAGAUGCCAUGUACGUCAAACUGAUCUCUUCUGACGGUCACGAGUUCAUCGUGAAGAGAGAACACGCGCUAACAUCAGGAACCAUCAAAGCCAUGCUGAGUGGCCCUGGCCAGUUUGCUGAAAACGAAACGAACGAAGUGAAUUUCCGAGAGAUCCCGUCUCACGUCCUCUCCAAAGUCUGCAUGUAUUUCACCUACAAAGUCCGAUACACCAACAGCUCCACAGAAAUCCCAGAGUUCCCCAUCGCCCCGGAAAUCGCCCUGGAACUGCUCAUGGCCGCAAACUUCUUAGAUUGUUAAACGCGUUCGCCGUGCAUGUGCUGGAAACGUUUAAACAAUAGGCAAAAUGUUUGGCAGAAGGACGUGUUGUAUGCUUUUUAAAUUUAGUUCCCACAGUAUUAGUUUUGUCCAUGCCACAGAAUUUCCUGAAGUGGAGGUCGUUAAGCAGAUAGCAUGCAGUGUCUGUUCCCCCUCCACUACUAACCUGUGAAACUUAUCACAUUAAUAAAAAUAAUUUAAUAAUUAACUUUAAAGAAGAA